GGGCAGGCUGGCGGGCGGGGAUGGUGUGCGGGGCUGCGGCUCUGGCGUUCGUCCCCGCGGCGUGUGAGCUGCACUGAUUUGCCCGUGGGGCGGCGGCAGCACGCACCCGCCCGGAGAUGAGGCGUCGAUUAGCAAGGUGAAAGUAACAGAACCAUGGCUCAGUUUCCGACACCUUUUGGUGGCAGCCUGGAUAUCUGGGCCAUAACUGUAGAGGAAAGAGCGAAACAUGAUCAGCAGUUCCAUAGUUUGAAGCCGAUAUCUGGAUUUAUCACUGGUGAUCAAGCAAGGAACUUUUUUUUUCAAUCUGGGUUACCUCAACCUGUCUUAGCACAGAUAUGGGCUCUAGCUGACAUGAAUAAUGAUGGAAGAAUGGACCAAGUGGAGUUCUCCAUAGCUAUGAAGCUUAUCAAACUGAAGCUACAAGGAUAUCAGCUCCCCUCUGUACUUCCCCCUGUCAUGAAACAGCAACCAGUGGCUAUUUCUAGUGCACCAGCGUUUGGUAUAGGAGGUCUUGCCAGCAUGCCAGCACUCACAGCUGUCGCUCCAGUGCCAAUGGGAUCCAUCCCAGUUGUUGGAAUGUCUCCACCCUUGGUAUCUUCUGUCCCUCCCGCAGCAGUGCCUCCCCUGGCUAACGGGGCUCCCCCGGUCAUCCAGCCUCUGCCUGCAUUUGCCCAUCCUGCAGCCACAUUGCCAAAGAGUUCUUCCUUCAGCAGAUCUGGUCCAGGGUCACAAUUAAAUACUAAGUUACAGAAGGCACAAUCAUUUGAUGUAGCCAGUGCCUCUCCUGCGGCAGAGUGGGCUGUGCCCCAGUCAUCAAGGCUGAAAUACAGGCAGUUGUUCAACAGCAAUGACAAAACCAUGAGUGGACACUUAACAGGUCCCCAAGCAAGAACUAUUCUUAUGCAAUCAAGUUUACCACAGGCUCAGCUGGCGUCAAUAUGGAAUCUUUCUGACAUUGAUCAAGAUGGCAAACUCACAGCAGAAGAAUUUAUCCUGGCUAUGCAUCUAAUUGAUGUUGCCAUGUCCGGCCAACCACUGCCCCCUGUCCUGCCUCCAGAGUACAUUCCACCUUCGUUUAGAAGAGUAAGAUCUGGCAGUGGAAUGUCCGUCAUUAGCUCGUCAUCUAUGGAUCAGAGGUUAGCAGAGGAACCCGCCUCAGAGGAGGAGCAGCAGCAGUCAGAGAAGAAACUACCUGUGACGUUUGAAGACAAGAAGCGGGAGAAUUUUGAGCGGGGCAACCUGGAGCUGGAGAAGCGCAGGCAGGCGCUCUUGGAGCAGCAGCGCAAGGAGCAGGAGCGCCUGGCUCAGCUGGAGCGGGCGGAGCAGGAGCGCAAGGAGCGCGAGCGCCAGGAGCAGGAGCGCAAGCGGCAGCUGGAGCUGGAGAAGCAGCUGGAAAAGCAGCGGGAGCUGGAACGGCAGAGAGAGGAGGAGAGGCGGAAAGAAAUCGAGAGGCGAGAGGCUGCAAAACGGGAACUUGAACGGCAGCGACAACUGGAAUGGGAACGAAAUCGAAGGCAAGAACUUCUAAAUCAAAGAAACAAAGAACAGGAGGACAUUGUGGUGCUGAAAGCAAAGAAGAAGACAUUGGAAUUUGAAUUGGAAGCUCUGAAUGACAAAAAACAUCAGCUGGAAGGGAAACUUCAAGAUAUCAGGUGCCGAUUGACCACCCAGAGGCAAGAAAUUGAGAGUACGAACAAAUCUCGAGAGUUAAGAAUUGCUGAAAUUACCCACUUGCAGCAGCAGUUACAGGAGUCUCAGCAAAUGCUUGGAAGACUUAUUCCAGAAAAACAGAUACUCAGUGACCAGUUAAAGCAAGUCCAGCAGAACAGUUUGCACAGAGAUUCACUUGUUACCCUCAAAAGAGCCUUAGAAGCAAAAGAACUGGCCCGGCAGCAGCUCCGAGAGCAGCUGGAUGAGGUGGAGAAGGAAACCAGAGCAAAGCUGCAGGAGAUUGACGUCUUCAAUAACCAGCUGAAGGAACUCAGAGAAAUGCAUAAUAAGCAGCAACUCCAGAAGCAAAAGUCCAUCGAGGCUGAGCGGCUGAAGCAGAAGGAGCAGGAGCGAAAGAUCCUAGAAUUGGAAAAGCAGAAAGAAGACGCCCAGAGACGGGCUCAGGAAAGGGACAAGCAGUGGCCGGAGCGUGUGCAGCAGGAGGAGGAGCACCCGCGGCCUCGAAAGCCCCACGAGGAGGACAAGCUGAAAAGGGAAGAUAGUGUCAAAAGGAAGGACAGUGAGGAUAAAGGGAAGCCGGAGGCUCAAGACAAGCUGAGUCGGCUUUUCCAUCCGCACCAAGAACCGACGAAGCCGGCCAUCCAGGCGCCCUGGUCCACCGCAGAGAAAGGCCCGCUUACAGUUUCUACACAGGAGAAUGUAGCAGUGGUCUAUUACCGGGCACUGUACCCGUUUGAAUCCCGAAGUCAUGACGAAAUCACCAUCCAGCCAGGAGAUAUUGUCAUGGUUAAAGGGGAAUGGGUGGAUGAAAGCCAGACUGGAGAACCGGGAUGGCUCGGAGGAGAAUUAAAAGGAAAGACAGGAUGGUUCCCUGCAAACUAUGCAGAAAAGAUUCCAGAAAAUGAGGUUCCCACUCCAGCCAAACCUGUGAUUGAUCUGACAUCUGCCCCUGCUCCCAAAUUGGCUUUGCGUGAGACUCCUGCCCCUUUGCCAGUGACUUCUGAGCCCUCCACAACCCCCAACAACUGGGCUGACUUCAGCUCCACGUGGCCCACCAGCACGAAUGAGAAACCAGAAACUGAUAACUGGGAUGCAUGGGCAGCCCAGCCUUCUCUUACUGUGCCCAGCGCCGGCCAGUUAAGGCAGAGAUCAGCCUUUACCCCAGCCACGGCCACCGGCUCCUCCCCAUCUCCUGUGCUGGGCCAGGGAGAAAAGGUGGAGGGGCUACAAGCUCAAGCCCUGUAUCCCUGGAGAGCCAAAAAAGACAACCACUUAAAUUUUAACAAAAAUGAUGUCAUCACCGUUUUGGAGCAGCAAGACAUGUGGUGGUUUGGAGAAGUUCAAGGUCAGAAGGGUUGGUUUCCCAAGUCUUACGUGAAACUCAUUUCAGGGCCCGUGAGGAAAUCUACAAGUAUCGAUGCUGGUUCUUCAGAAAGUCCGGCUAGUCUAAAGAGAGUGGCUUCCCCAGCAACCAAGCCAGCUGUUCUGGGAGAAGAGUUCAUUGCCAUGUACACUUACGAGAGUUCUGAGCAAGGAGACUUAACCUUUCAGCAAGGGGAUGUGAUUCUGGUUACCAAGAAAGAUGGUGACUGGUGGACAGGAACAGUGGGAGACAAGUCCGGAGUCUUCCCUUCUAACUAUGUGAGGCUUAAAGACUCAGAGGGUUCUGGAACUGCUGGGAAAACAGGGAGUUUAGGAAAAAAGCCUGAAAUCGCUCAGGUUAUUGCCUCAUACACUGCAACUGGUCCCGAGCAACUCACCCUGGCCCCAGGCCAGCUGAUCUUGAUCCGAAAAAAGAACCCAGGUGGAUGGUGGGAAGGAGAGCUGCAAGCACGAGGAAAAAAGCGCCAGAUAGGCUGGUUCCCAGCAAAUUAUGUGAAACUUCUAAGCCCUGGCACAAGCAAAAUCACUCCAACAGAGCUACCCAAGUCAGCCGCAAUACCAGCAGUGUGCCAGGUGAUCGGGAUGUACGAUUACACCGCCCAGAACGAUGACGAGUUGGCCUUCAACAAGGGCCAGAUCAUCAACGUGCUGAACAAGGAGGACCCCGACUGGUGGAAAGGAGAGGUCAAUGGGCAAGUUGGGCUCUUCCCAUCUAAUUAUGUGAAGCUGACCACAGACAUGGACCCAAGCCAGCAAUGGUGUUCAGACUUACAUCUCUUGGAUAUGUUGACCCCAACUGAAAGGAAGCGGCAAGGCUACAUCCAUGAACUCAUUGUCACAGAGGAGAACUACGUGAAUGACCUGCAGCUGGUCACAGAGAUCUUUCAGAAACCCCUGAUGGAGUCUGAGCUGCUGACAGAAAAAGAGGUUGCUAUGAUUUUUGUUAACUGGAAGGAGCUGAUUAUGUGUAAUAUCAAACUACUGAAAGCUCUCAGAGUCCGCAAGAAGAUGUCCGGGGAGAAGAUGCCCGUGAAGAUGAUCGGUGACAUCCUGAGCGCCCAGCUGCCACACAUGCAGCCCUACAUCCGCUUCUGCAGCUGCCAGCUCAACGGGGCCGCCCUGAUCCAACAGAAGACGGACGAGGCCCCGGACUUCAAGGACUUUGUCAAAAGGUUAGCAAUGGAUCCCCGGUGUAAAGGGAUGCCACUGUCCAGCUUUAUCCUGAAGCCCAUGCAACGUGUCACGAGAUACCCACUGAUCAUUAAAAAUAUCCUGGAAAACACCCCCGAAAACCACCCUGACCACAGCCACUUGAAGCACGCCCUGGAGAAGGCAGAAGAGCUGUGCUCCCAGGUGAACGAGGGGGUGCGCGAGAAGGAGAACUCUGACCGGCUGGAGUGGAUCCAGGCCCACGUACAGUGUGAAGGCCUGUCUGAGCAACUGGUGUUCAAUUCAGUGACCAAUUGCUUGGGGCCACGCAAGUUCCUGCACAGUGGGAAGCUCUACAAGGCCAAGAGCAACAAGGAGCUGUACGGUUUCCUUUUCAACGACUUCCUCUUACUGACCCAAAUCACGAAGCCCUUAGGCUCUUCUGGCACGGACAAAGUCUUCAGUCCCAAAUCGAACCUGCAGUAUAAAAUGUACAAAACACCUAUUUUCUUAAAUGAGGUUCUAGUCAAGCUGCCCACUGACCCUUCUGGAGAUGAGCCCAUCUUCCACAUCUCCCACAUCGACCGAGUCUACACCCUCCGAGCGGAGAGCAUCAACGAACGGACGGCCUGGGUGCAGAAAAUCAAAGCUGCAUCUGAGCUCUACAUAGAGACGGAGAAGAAGAAACGAGAGAAGGCGUAUCUUGUCCGUUCUCAAAGGGCAACAGGUAUUGGAAGGUUGAUGGUGAACGUUGUUGAAGGCAUUGAGUUGAAGCCCUGUCGGUCACAUGGAAAGAGCAACCCCUACUGCGAGGUGACCAUGGGCUCCCAGUGCCACAUCACCAAGACAAUCCAGGACACGCUGAACCCCAAGUGGAAUUCCAACUGCCAGUUCUUCAUCCGAGACCUGGAGCAGGAGGUCCUCUGCAUCACUGUGUUCGAGAGGGACCAGUUCUCACCAGACGAUUUUUUGGGUCGGACAGAGAUUCGAGUGGCUGACAUCAAGAAAGACCAGGGCUCCAAGGGACCGGUGACAAAGUGUCUCCUGCUGCACGAAGUUCCCACAGGAGAGAUUGUGGUCCGCCUGGACUUGCAGUUGUUUGAUGAACCCUAGAGAGCCGCUGGCAUGGGCCCAGAGGACUCUUCUCCUGAGGAAAUUCUAUUCCUUUCCUAAGCCACCACUGCUUGGUGUUCAGUCACAGGGCAAUGGGACAGCAAAGACAGAUUCUAGGAAUAAUUGUUGACAAUCCUUCCCCCACAAACAAUCUCCCAUUUUAUGAAACAAAACUCUAUUUUCCUUUGUCCUCACUUCAGGCCUCAUUCUGGCUCUUGGGGCUUCUGAAGUCUAUAAUCUUGAUUAGGUUCUACCGGGAGCCUGGCCCAUUCGUCCCCAGGCCAGAGGCAAGGGUCUGGUUACUUUAAACUAGGUUUAUAAAUGCAAUGUCUGUAUUUUUGGAGAACACGUGUUACCCUCCUAUUUCUCAUCAGCCCCUCUGUAGACUCCUUGGCCUCUGAUGCCCAGUGUGAAGUAUGUUUAGUCCAAUUUCGUUGGGCUGUGGCUGCUUUGGGAUCCAUCCUCCACAGGGAAACACAGCUCUGGAUCUGACCGGCAGUCUCCUGAGCGGAGCUCUUUGGAGAGCCUCCCCCUGGAAGACCCUAACCUGUGUUGUGACAGCUGUUUCCCCCUUGAGGCCUUGGUUAAUAUAUACCAAUGAAAACACACCGGUGUGCAAUGGGGUGAUUCCCUAGUGAAUCCCGGCAUGCUUAGAUCACGGCCAGGCACCGGGAAGGCAACUUUCCGACAUUACUGGGUCCUGAUUGUCAUCCAUUGUUUGAUAAAUUUUCAUUAGGCUUGGAGGCCCUGUGAUGUUUUGUGACAAGUCACCGGAGGUGACCAGCUCUGACCUGAUUCUGUGCUUGAAUGUACUAGAUCCUGACUGUUGUGGGAAAUUUCCGUAACUUAGGUGGUAAGUUCCUAAAAAGAAGUCAUGCUUAGACCCUUAAAGUUUACAAAAUAAAAUAACAAGCUAGAGUUGGGGGUGAGGAGAUGUGAAGGAAAUUCAUUAUUGGGGGGGGCAAAACCCUGGGGCGGGGCGGCGCUGGUGAGUCCUUUAAAUCCAAGGAGGGUGAGUGAAGAUUCUCGUACUUUGCCAGACACACUUCAACCUCUUGGUAAUAGAAACGCACGUGUUUGUUACCAGUGGCAGGGGGGUAUAACCAUGGGCCAGGCUAUUUGAUUGGAGUGCUUUGGUGUUUUUUUUCUUUUCCUUUUAAAUGCUAGGAGAUAGGCUGGUGUAUUAGUUGAUGACUUGCUAUGAAAAGUGUGGGCCGUGUUUUGUUGGCAUGCCAAUGUUCUUAUACCCUCAGUCUGUGUGGUGGUGGAAUGCUCUUUGCAUGUCUCUGGGUUCUGGAGCCUAGCUUUCCUGAGUUCGAUGGAGUUCUCUUUGGCCAUAGGCUCUUAGGGCUUACUUAGGGUUGUAGAAGGUGCUUUUGAAAUGACAGUAUCAGCAUAGUAUCAGGAUACCCAUUUCACUGGGAACUGAGUGCAUCAUGUGAUAAUGUCGUCCCAUAAGAACCCUGUCAUAGUUGAAGUGAUUUUUUAAAAAACAAAUAUGUUGGAGCCGGGCGUGAUGGCGCACGCCUUUAAUCCCAGCACUCGGGAGGCAGAGGUAGGAGGAUCGCCGUGAGUUCAAGGCCACCCUGAGACUACAUAGUGAGUUCCAGGUCAGUCCGAGCUAGAGUGAGACCCUACCUCAAAAAACCAAAACAACAACAACAACAACAAUGAAAAAGAAUGUUGGAAAGGACAACGAAGUUUACAUUUCAUACUUUUAAGAAACUUUAUUAUUUAUUGAAAAUAGCAUAGAAUUUUGUAUCAAAAACAACAGACCUAAGUAUUUUUUUGAAACAAGCUAAUAAACUCUUUAGUUAGAAACUUCCAACUGCACAUGGUGUAGACCAAGUUUAACUUCAGGCCUGCAUUUGCUUACCACUUCCCAGCAGAAAACAUCAUCAAAAUGCUUUAUGUUUAUGCUUGUGACGUGAGUGAAAAGCCAUCUGAAAUGAAAUCUACAAAUAGUCCCAUACCUCCUGUUUCUAUAACCAUUAGGGUUUGUUUCAGUACACUUGUGAAGGAUGCUUUUGUAAUAGGAAGUGUUACAUCCGUGACGGGGCAGUGCCGGGUCACCAUUCCGAUCCCUUUCGUUGUUUUCCCUCCAUUGUCUUUACUUUGCAUCAACGCUGGACUUCACUGACUCUGGAAGGAGAAUGUGCUGCGCACGACGGCAAACAUCUCACAACCUUGUAGGUUUCAGGUCACCUACGCGUAGAUUCCCAUGGUUGGAAAUCAUGUAGUACCUAAGUUUUUUCCCCAAAAUGACUCUAUUGAGCAUGUGGGAGUUGCUCCUCGGAGUAAGCAAGUCUGAAUUGGUGCGCUACUGGGCUGGCCUUCACACCCUUCUGUGACAAGUUGGGGAGAUGGAGAAACACGAGUGGCGCCUAGAGUUUCAAACCCUCAGUCCUUGGUACCUUCACUUCUACCUCUUUUUUUUUUUUUUUUUUUUUUUUGAGGCAGGGUCUCACUCUAGCCUAGGCUGGCCUUGAACUUGUGGGCUCCUCCUACCUCAGCCUUCCUGCUGGGAUUGCUUAUGGACAUGAGCCACUGCACCCAGUUUUCAUUUCUACCUUCUUUGAACGCCCAGGCUGCAUUUCCUAGAAAUGACAUACCUUGCCAAUAAGGGACCUGAAUCCUGUUUACUUUCUUUUCUUCUUCAUUUUAUCCUAGAGGUAGGCUCUCACUGUGGCCCAGGCUGACCUGGAAUUCAUACUGCAGGCCCAGGCUGGCCUCAGACUCACAGUGGUCCUUCUACUUCUGCCUCCCCAGUGAUGAGAUUAAAGGCUUGCGCCAUCAUGCCCAGUUCCUGUUUGCAUUUUCAAUACAACGUUUCUCCAGACCACGCCUCUUGGUAUCCUGUUCCCAGUGCUCUAGGCAGCCUUUUGGUCACCCCUUUUCUGAACCACACUGCCGGUCCCUUCUGCACUCUGGCCUCUUCUCACGAGGAAUGCAUUCCUGGAUCAUGGCUCUUCCCCAACAACCCUCAGCAUCCCUGAGGGUCUUCCUGGGAGCUCCUGGGCUAGAUCGUCUUCAUGACCAGUCUGUAUCCUGGACCCUGUGCAGCAGGGCUGGCAUUUGUCCCCUGGCCGUAGAUAGACAACCUCAUCUCCUGGGAUCAGAUCUGCUGUGAAGGCAAAUGGGAUUCAUUCAGAUCCAGUCCCUGCCUAACCUUUCUAGGCUGGGUCACCAAAACUGCUCAAGAAACUGGGACCAUCCACCCUGUUUGACUGAUUGGAUAGUGGGCUUCUGUCCUUUGGCCACAGAGAAGAAAGCUCCACUCCCAAAGAAUGCUGAUGGAAAACUGGGCCUCAUUUACUUUGUUUGUUUGUUUGUUUUGUUGUGGUUUGAGACAGAGCCUCAUGGAAUAGCCCAAGCUGGCCUUGAACUUGGGAACCUCCUGCCUCAGCCUCCUGAGUGCUGGGAUUUAAAGGAUGUGUCACUGGGCUCUGCUUUCCUGUUUGUAUUUUGAACAAAAGUGUGACCUAAGUAUAUGACAGCUGUUGAUUUUAAUCUGGUUAAUCUGAAAAAAAAAAAUCUCAACCAAAAAAAGAGGGGUAAAUUGACCACUUUCACUAUGACUUAUCUUGUUGAUCUGGUA